AUGAAAGAGGAUACGAUUAAACACCCCCCAUGUAUUCCGUGGGACUUGUCAAGUGACUAUGGUGCCCAAACGCUUAGCCACUUGUCAAAGAACUCGCACGAGAAAGCCCGGUUUGAUUUGGGUGUGGACCUGCAUGGGCCUCAACAAUCCCGUGGACUUGGACUCGUGUGGGACCCGCUGUGGGCUGGACUCAGGAGACUCGGAGCUAUUAUUUUCUCCCCUUCUCAACUCUCCUCUGUUAUUGUUUCUAUUGUUUUUGUUUUGUUGGUUUCUAUGACUUUUUGA